AUGAUCACGAGAAAUCAACAACGCCGCCUCAAACAUCUUGCUUCUUCGCCGUCUAUCACUCGACUAAACCCGUUGGAGAUCCCAUCGUCUUCUCAAUUGUCUGAACCACGAACAGAGGAAGUGAUGGAAGUAUUAUGUCCACGACUUCAUGGGAGUUCAGUCUUUGCUCUGCCCAAACAGUUCUAUGCAAAAAUUGAUUCUCUAUGUGCGGCGUUCCUCUGGAAGAAGAGAACUGAAUCGGCAAGAGGAGCACGAGUCGCUUGGAAAGAUGUAUGUAAGCCCAAAGCUGAAGGAGGAUUGGGGAUCAGACUCUUGGAGGAGUAUGAGAAGGUUUUUAGACUGAAACAAAUUUGGAAUCUGUUCUCAAACUCAGGUUCCUUAUGGGUCGCUUGGGUCAAGGCUCAUGUUUUCGGAAGGAAGGGUUUUUGGUUAACAGAGGACUCGAAUCGUAUAUCUAGGAACAUCCGCUCUAUGCUCCAGCUAAAGAACGAUCUGAUGGAUCUCUUGCGCUGUGAAAUUGGUGAUGGGAAUAGAGGUUCUUUCUGGUUUGACUACUGGAAUGAUAUGGGACAGUUACUCUUGGUGAUGGGACAAUCGGGACCACGAAACCUUCGGAUCCCGCUGAACGCCACAGUCUCAAGGGCUAACAAAGGAUGGGAGAUGGUGGAUCCCACCUGCCCGAUCAACUGA